AUGGCAUUUGUUCAAAAUUUUUUCUAUGUGUGCUGUUUCUUCUUGUGCAUUCCAACAAUUGUUUAUAGUGCACAACAUUCCAAUCUGAAAGGAAAUGUUAAGUCUCUACUGAGGUUAAAGGCCGAGAUUUUCAACCGUACGGUUUUCCUCAGGAGGUGCUUAUUUCCUCCCCCUUUAACUCCCUGGGGUUGGAAACACCUGAUCACAUCCGUCAAAGUGGACACCCCGGUCUCUGUGGACAUUUCUCUUCUGUCUCACUACAGGCUUACUGGAAAACAUUUCAACAAGUACCAGAAACUUCAAAAGCAAAGAGAUUGUGCAUCGAUUCUAGAAUUCAUACCCAACACAAGAGGGAAAGAUGGCGUCUACACUAUAUACCCGGAUAAGAAGACAAAGAAAAAGGUGUACUGUGACAUGACUACAGAGGGAGGGGGCUGGACGGUUAUCAAUAGGAGGAUGGAUGGAUCAGUUGAUUUUUAUAAAUCUUGGGAAUCCUACAGAGAAGGGUUUGGAAAUGUUGAUGGAGAAUACUGGUUAGGGAAUGAGGCCAUUUAUUUCCUAACGAAUAAGGAAAAGCAAGAACUGAGAGUGGACCUUGAAAACUUCUCAGGCAGAAAGGCUUCCGCUAAGUUUUCAUCAUUUUCAAUUGGAAGCAAUUCCCAAAAAUACAAGUUGACAGUGAGUGGGUACAGUGGAACAGCAGGGGAUAGUUUGAAUUAUCAUAAUGGCGAAAUGUUUUCCACGAAAGAUCAAGACAACGACACGUAUUGUAAAUCCUCUAAUUGUGUUAUAUGUGCUGUGAUUAAUAAAGGUGCAUGGUGGUUCAAAACAUGUAUAUCAGGAAAUGUUGAGGCUCUUCUGAAGUUAACUCCCUGGAACUGGAAACACCUGAACACAUCUGUCAAAGUGGACACUCCAGUCUCUGUGGAUAUUUCUCUUCUGUCUCACUACAGACUUACUGGGAAACAAUUCAAUAAAAUAAUAAUUAUAAAUGGAGUUUUUUUUCUUCAAAUCAAAUAUUCAAAAAAGAGAGAGUGUGCUUCAAUUCUACAAUCCAUACCCAACACAAAAGGAAAAGAUGGCGUCUACACUAUUUAUCCUGAUAUGAAGACAAAGAAACUGGUGCACUGUGACAUGAUUACAGAAGAAGGGGUUAUUCAGAGAGGAAAAGACGGAUCAGUUGAUUUUUAUAGAUCUUGGGAAUCCUACAAGAAGGGUUUGUUUGUUUUUAAUGAAAUGUUCUAUCUAGGUAAUGAAGCCAUUCAUUUAAUCACCACGAGAGAACAACAAAACUUAAGAGUUGACCUUCAGAACUUCUCAGGCAAAAAGGCCUUCGCCAAGUAUUCAAAGUUUUCUGUUGGAAGCGAGUCCGACAAAUACAAGUUGAGAAUACGUGGAUACAGUGAUUCUGCAGGAGAUAGGCUAGGGCCUCAUAAUGGGUGAAAAUUUUAUAACGACAGUUGGGAAAAAUCCUGUCCCGUAGAAAGAAAAGCAGGCUGGUGGUUUCAGGAUUGUCAAACCUGUAACCUAAACGGACCUUAUUACAGAUCCGCUUUACGAACGUGGGCCUCUGUCGUCAGGUACAACUUUGGAAAUGAUUAUCGCUCCUUGAAGUACGCAAGGAUGAUGAUCAGGCCUAUAAAAGCUGAGACUGUUGAUAUAAGCACACAGAUCUUCUGA